AUGCGGGAAGAGAUACUCGCUCAAGCACAAUCUCGCGAGACACGUGCGCUUCGAGUGCGGCGGUCAACGAAGAUUCUGUUGUCAUCUCUGUCCGAACAAGUACACGCAGAACGUCAGUCUGCGCCGACAUCUGACGCAUCAUCACAACGUCGUCGUCCCUGUGAAGAAGAGAUACAACAGCUCGAAGGUUAUACUUACACAAGAGAGAAGUUGUUCGGCUGUUCUUCUUGCGGAAGAAAGUACACAAUGAAGUGCAAUCUGCGCAGACACAUGAUGUAUGAAUGCGGCGGGAAACGUCUGUUCUCGUGCAAAUUCUGUCGGUGGGCAUUUACUCAGAAAAGUUCCCUGGUGCGGCACUUAACAAAACGUCAUAAUAUUAACUCUUUAAAUCCCAAUCAGGUGAAUCCAUACCCGAUAGCCGAGUGUGUCACUAAGCAAAUUGCUGACAACAGACAUCAAGAGAAAGCGGACCAAGUAGAGUUUGCUUCGUAUCAUCGAGUUACUCAAUCGAUCAUCUACCGAACGGACGAGAUCCUACAGUCUCUACAGAUCGCGUUUCCGACGAUCUCUUAUUUCAGUCCGCAUGUUUUCUCAGAUAAGACACCACGCGUCCGUUCACUCCGAAAGUCGCGACACGCGAUUUAUGUGAGGGAGGAGGAUCUCGCUUUGAAGUGUCCGCAAUGUGGCCGGGGAUACAAGUUCAAGAGCAGUCUGUUCAAGCACUUGAAGUACGAAUGCGGCGGGCGCAGGAACUUCACCUGUCACGUGUGCAAUCAGAGUUUUACGCAGAACGUCAGUUUACGUCGCCACGCGUUGCAGUAUCACGGCGUCCGCGUGCCGCCGAAAAUCGUUCGGAAGAUCGUGAAGAAAAUCGCAUGA